AUGUCAGAGAUACAGCCACCAAGACUUCGUGAGCAGGAUCUUGCUGGCAAGGUUGCUGUCGUAACGUAUGUCACUGGAGUAGCUGCAAACAUCAAAGAUCCAGACUGCGCACAGGAGAUUGCUCAGACUCUUGAACAAAAGUUCGAUGGCCAUGUUGACAUAUUAGUCAACAAUGCGGCACAUCCCAUUCGUGCCAAAGUUGGCGAUAUUGAGCCACAUAUGGUCUCUGAAGUGAUGACUGCAAAUAUCCAGACACCCAUAAUGAUUGUCAACGAAUUCGUCAAGAGAAAGAUGUUCCGCAGCGGUUCCAGAAUCGUCAAUAUUGGUUCUGAUUCGGCUCGAGCAUCGAUCCCUGGGUUGCCAGGAAGGUCCCUCUACAUGACGUUCAAAGCAGCACUCGAGGGCCUUUCGCGAGCAUGGGCAGACGAACUCGGUGCCAACCCAGAGUUGGAGUUCAUGAAGGGUACCACGGCCAACACAGUCGCGGUUGGAUUUACAGAGACAGACAUGGUUAGCAAGAUGCCUCCUCCAAUGAGGGAGGCAGUGAACCAGAACGUUCUUGCGAAACAAAGCCUGGGCCCUCGAGUAGCUCUUCCUGAGGAUAUCGCCGAUGUCGUAGGUUUCCUCUGUGGUCCGGAUAGUCGAUGGGUUACUGGGUCGACUGUCAGCGCCGAUGGAGGCUUCGUCAAGAUUGUGUGA